AUGCCUCUCCUCAGGAGCUUAGGGCCGGCUUCGGCAAGCCUGUUUUGCAUCAUUGGUCUUGUCCGAGCUGGAAGCUUGAAGGAUAUUGACCAUGUCGUCCUCUUCAUGCAGGAAAACCGUGCGUUUGACCACUAUUUCGGCACCAUGGCGGGUGUUCGAGGUUUCGGCGAUGCGAACCUGCAGAUGAACAACGGCGUCCCGGUCUGGAAGCAGUUGACGAAUUCCCAAUUGACCAACGAGACGGACUACGUGACGCCCUUUUACAUCAACUAUCUCGGCGGCAACUGGACCGAAUCAACCCAAUGCAUGGUUUCGGGGAGUAACAGCUGGCAGGAGAACCACGCCGCGUGGAAUGGCGGUACCAAUGACCAUUGGGCCGUAGGCAACAGUCCUUACAGCAUUGGGUUCUACAAGCGUCAGGAUAUUCCUAUCCAAUUCGCUUUGGCGGAAAACUUUGUCGUUGGAGACAUGUACCAGGAAGGUGUUGUUGCUGCCACCAACCCCAACAGAGUGACAUGGCUCUCUGGCAGUGUCAACGCCCCCGGUGGUCCUCAGACCCCGGAUGAAGGUGGCAAUCCUUAUAUCGACAACAAUAUUACCCCGGGCUGUGAAACUGGCGGCUUCAACUGCUAUCCGCUCAAAUGGAAGACUGUUGGCGAGUACUACGAAGACGCCGGUGUCUCUUGGCAAGUCUUCCAGAACGAGGACAACUUUGAUGACAACUCGUAUGCCAGGUUUCAGCAAUUCCAGGAUGCUGAGCCGGGAUCCAGCCUGUACAACAGAGGCAUGAAGGGUCUCUCACUCGAUACAUUCUACGCUCAGGCUGCCAACGGAACUCUGCCCGAAGUCUCAUACAUUGUCGGCCCCAUGGAACUCUCUGAACAUCCUCCUUAUUCUCCUCAUGACGGCGCUUGGCUGCAAUACCAAGUCGCCCAGGCUGUUCUCAACUCACCCAAGUAUAACAAAACAGCCCUCAUAUUCUCCUACGACGAAACUGGCGGCUGGUUUGACCACGUUAGCCCUUACCACUCCCCGAACGGUACAUCAGGCGAAUGGAUCCAGGACCCGUACGGCGAAGUCGGCUACACGUUUCUCGGCCCUGGCUUCAGACUGCCCUUUUACAUCGUCUCCCCGUGGACACGCAAGGGCGGCGUCUACACGGCUCAUAGCGACCAUAACUCGCAGAUCAAGUUCGUUGAGAAGUGGCAGGCUGCAAAGGGCCGUAACGUCACGACUGAUCAGAUGGUCGGGUGGCGUCGUGACCACAUGUCCGACCUUACUGAUGCCUUUGAUUUUGACAAUCCCGAUUACUCUAUCCCGACUCUCCCCACGCCGCAGACGCCUCACACUGAUUCUAACGGCGUUUAUGACGGUUCGUCGUACUGCCAGUCUCUGUACUCGGACGUCCAGCCUCCCAUUCCGUAUACCGGCAACGGCGUGAUAGCAGACAUGCCCAGCCAAGUCGAGCAAGGUUUCAAGCCCAUGCGCGGAAUGCUCACCGAGGGCCGCCACAUCGUUCUCGAAGCAAACGGUUUCGCACUCGCGCAAAAGACGACAUAUGCCAGCUCCCUCACCGUCAGCCGAGCUACUGCACGACACGACACGCCGUCUCAGCGCUGGAUUGCUCACGCGGUGCAGAUUGGAGGUGCGGAUUUCACGCUCUCUGAUGAUUCUGGUAGUAGUUACAUUUGCGCGUCUGGGGUUCUUUGCAAGAAUGCACGGAAUGCGGUUGUCUUUACUGUGAGCUACAAGAGCGGGAAGGGAUAUGCGUUCCAGGUCAAGGGCACGCAGAAGUAUCUGGCUCUUGGCGGGCGUGGAUCUUCGAGCUAUGUUUCUUUGACUGGGGGGUUGGGAUACUGGCAGGCUUACAGCGUGAGUUAUUGA